AUGAGUGAGUCGUGGACGUACCAUACCCCGCCGGGGACAGAGUCCACGGGGCCUACGAUCACGGCUGUCGCGCUGGCAUUUACGGCGCUGUCGCUGAUCAUCAUGUCACUGCGACUCUACGUUCGUAUGGGAAUGCUAAAGGCAGCAGGCUCAGAGAACUGGUUUUCUAACCUUGCGCAGGUUGCGGCCUGUGGUUUUGCCAUAGUCAGCUCGAUUCAAACGAAAUGGGGUCUUGGACUCAAGAAACUAGAAGACAUGCCAACAGAGAACCUCUUCAAUUUUGGUCUCUUGCAGUAUGCUGGAGCGCCGUUCUACAUCACUAGUAUCCUUGGAUUCAAACUUAGUUUGCUUCUGUCUUACUUGCGGUUCAUACCCAAAGGAAUCUAUAGAUGGAGCACAUUCGCAACCAUCGGUCUCUGCAUAGCCUACCACAUCUCCUUCCUGGUCGUACAAAUUAACCUCUGCACACCGGUACGAUUCACGCUUAGAACUCAUUGCACAGCUGCUAACAUACAACAGAUCGCCAAGCAGUGGGAUCCCACAAUCACCAACGGGUCAUGUAUCCCGGGAGUUCCCUUCUAUACCAGUAUGGCAUCUUUGACAAUCUUCUUCGAUAUUGUUGUAAUGCUCCUUCCCUUUCCCGUCCUCGUAACCUCCAAAAUCCAAAAGCGCAAGAAAUUCGUUCUUCUCGGACUCUUCGGACUCGGAGCUUUCAUUACCAUUAUCCAAAUCAUCCGAAUCCAAACCGUACACUCCCUCUCGAACUACCUCGACUCCGCGCCCCUGAUCAUGUGGUCAGCCAUCGAGAACAACCUCGGCAUCAUUGUAACCUGCGUACCGACGCUCGCACCGCUGGUAAAGUACUUCAACGAGAAGAGCAGAUCAGGAAGCAGGAGCAAUAAAUACGGCGGAGCAAGCGGAUACGGACGUAGUGGCGCAACCGGCGGAGGAAAUGUAGGAAGCCGAUACGCACUGCAGAGCUGGAGGCCGGGAAAGAGCGGGAUGCAGCCCCUAGGCAGUGGAAUCGAUCACAGCGAGAACGAGGUCGGUAUCGAGGGAGGUGUAAGAAGAGGGCAAGGGAAGGGGUCAGAUGACGAGAGCGCGGAUUAUCAUCUUGACGCGCCGGUCAUUGUCAAGAAGACGGAAUUCGUGGUCACGAGCGAUCCGCGGGAACCUGGGCAAGCUGUUUGA